CAUAUUCUGUGUCUGUCCAUGGUGGGAAUAUGCUGUCGAUGCAACUUCCAUCUGAAUUUCCAAUGCAUUUUCACGACUGCAUUUCACUUCAGGAGCACUUGUGCUGAGCAGUUAUUUUCUUUAGAGCUCUUUAAUUGCUGAACAUGUAUAAAUGAAACUUGUUUAACAAGAUGGAGGUGUUCUGGCAUGGGUGGGGCUUGGAGGUUUUUCUGGCAUGGGGGAAAAUAUGGGAAUUUGCUCCAAGCAAAUGAUAACUCUUGUUGAAACAAGCAAGGGUGAUUUUCUUCCAUCUCUUCUGCAGUCUUUCUUUGUGUAUCUUGGGAGCUGCUCUAGAUCUUGCGCCACAGAUAAAGAAUUUGUAAAAUCAAAGUUUUUACUAAUGCGAUUGUAGAAUAAUUUUUCCUAUUAAUGUUGAAGGGGAGACGCUCUUUUCUUUUUGGAGUACCAAAAAAUAAUACCCUCCUCUGUUACAGUAGCAGAUGAGCGAUUUUGUCUGUGACAUUUCCUCCCCAACUAAAGGAGGAGGAUGUGUGCUUAUUGACAUAGGAAGGCACAAAACAUUUCCAGCAUCAGCUACAUAAUGGAUUAUGAUUAAAUGAAUGAUUAAUUAUACUCCUUUAGAGUGGCUGCUAAAUGCAGGUGAACCUUGUUUACGGGAGUGUGAUACCAACCCUGGCACUGGCUUUUGGAGGCUGGGUGCAUGUGCCCUGUUUAUGAGGAGUAUUGCAGGCAGAUUUCUCACCUCAGAUGUUCCAGCUGUGUGGGUGCCAGACGUGGUACCUGUGGGCAGCUUUGCCCCCAGCACUGAUUGACUUGUGUGGCAGAGAGGGUGGAAGAGACAGACCCAAAGUCACAGAUCAUGGCUCCCUGGCCUGAGGUGGAAAAGCCUGAAACCAAUAACUAUAUUGGGGACUCUUCCAAACAAAACCAGAACAUGGCUGGGAAGGAAGGAGAAAAUCAUAAAGGCAACUUGGCUUCACUUGGAAAUAAAGGGGAAAUUCAACCUGCAUUUUCCACAAUAGCCUUGAUAGAUGAGACCAGGCAAGAAGAAGAAGACCCAUGGGCUCUGCCAGAACUGCAGGAUACUGGGAUCAAGUGGUCAGAACUGGAUAGAAAAGGAAAAAUCAUUCGCGUGCUCUAUGGGAUAGGAAAGUUUAUUAUGCUACUUGGAUUGCUCUACAUGUUCGUGUGUUCUCUGGAUGUACUGAGCUCUGCUUUUCAACUAGUAGGAGGUAAAGCAGCAGGGGACAUUUUUCAAGAUGAUUCAGUGUUGUCUAAUCCUGUUGCGGGGUUGGUGAUCGGCGUUCUGGUGACCGUUAUGGUCCAGAGCUCCAGCACUUCUUCAUCCAUUGUGGUCAGCAUGGUGUCCUCCACACUGCUGACUGUUCAAUCAGCUAUUCCUAUCAUAAUGGGGGCAAACAUUGGUACCUCAGUUACAAAUACAAUUGUGGCACUCAUGCAAGCCGGGGACAGGAAUGAAUUUAGAAGGGCCUUUGCUGGGGCAACAAUCCAUGAUUUCUUUAACUGGCUCGCUGUGUUUGCGCUGUUGCCUGUUGAAGUUAUUUCUGGCUAUCUUUACCAUCUCACCAAUGUUAUAGUUGAUUCUUUUCAUCUUGAAAGUGGUGACGAUGCCCCUGAGCUACUAAAAGUUAUCACAGACCCUUUUACAAAGCUCAUCAUUGAGCUUGAUAAAUCAGUAAUAAAUGCAAUUGCUACAAAUGAUGAAGCAGCAAAAAACAAAAGCCUGGUAAAGACUUGGUGUGUAACUGAAACCAAUGUGACACUGCAGAAUGUCACAAUUCCACCAUCAGAAAACUGCACAUCCCCUGACUUUUGCUGGAGUGAAGGAAAUGUGACAUGGACCAUCAAGAAUGUAACUGAAACAGAAUAUAUCAGUAAAUGCCGGCAUCUCUUUGCAGAAGCAGACCUGCCUGAUCUCGCCAUUGGUCUCAUCCUUCUGGCUUUGUCCCUGCUUGUUCUGUGUUCCUGUUUGGUGAUGAUUGUUAAGCUAUUAAACUCUGUGCUUAAAGGACAAGUGGCAAGUGUUAUCAAGAAGACAAUCAACACUGAUUUCCCAUUUCCUUUCACUUGGUUAGCUGGAUACCUGGCUAUGCUUGCAGGGGCUGGUAUGACCUUUGUUGUCCAAAGUAGUUCUGUUUUCACAUCUGCUAUUACACCCCUUGUUGGCAUUGGUGUUAUAAGCAUUGAGCGCUCUUAUCCCCUCACAUUAGGAGCUAACAUUGGCACAACCACAACAGCUAUACUUGCUGCUUUAGCAAGUCCAGGAAGUACAUUAAAAUAUUCAUUACAGAUUGCCUUGUGCCACUUUUUCUUCAAUGUCUCUGGGAUUAUUCUGUUUUACCCGCUACCUAUUACCCGGCUGCCAAUCCGCAUGUCCAAGACCUUGGGAAACAUAACAGCUCAGUACAGAUGGUUUGCUAUAUUUUAUCUUCUCGUCUGCUUCUUUCUUUUGCCUUUGUUUGUAUUUGGUCUGUCAUUGGCAGGCUGGGCAGUCCUUUUGGGUGUUUGUCUUCCCCUGAGUGCUCUUUUUAUUGCUGUGAUUGUAAUUAAUAUUAUGCAGAAAAGGCGACCACAUUCAUUGCCUGAAAAGCUCCAAAACUGGGAUUUCCUACCCACCUGGCUGCACUCCUUAGAGCCCUGGGACAAUAUCAUUAUGUCUUCACUUGCCUUUUGUGGGAAACACUGCUGUGGCUUCUGCAAGUGUUGUAAAGUCAAUACGGAACAGGAGGGUGCCAAAGACAAGCAACUGAAAACUAUGGAGGUUUACGAAAACACCAUUGUGAUGGCUGAUGAAGAAAGAGGUGGAAGAAGGGCACCAGCCACAGCUUGUGUUGAAAAAACAGGCACAAACAACACAGCCUUAUAGGAGUGUAUCAACCUGUAUUAGCAGAGAUACAGCGUAGGACAGUCAGGCUCUUGAAAACCACCUUGGACAAUGCACUGAGGACAGAGUGAACAUUUUGUUAGGUUCCUGCAGUCAGUGAUACAUCACUCAUCAAGGAAUGGAGUCAAACAGGCUUGACAGAGUCCCUAGACUAUCUAUGAUCAGUUGAAAAGCUAAUGACAGAUUUGCUUACAGAGGAUCUACUAUGCGGUAACUUCAUCCAAUGCUAUCAGUAGCAAACAAAAGAAAUCCCGAUGUCCCAUGAAAAGAGGGAUGAAAAGAGUCGUGAUCAGUCCAAACUUAAUUGAACAAACAAACAAUGCACUUGUAGAGCAGCCUUUACGACCUCCUGGCGUAUUCAGCAAAAGUUGCUUUAUAAUAUCUAAAAAGCUCUGGAAAUUAAAAAAAAACAGGGAGAAUUCUAAUGUUGUUAUUGGCCUGUUUGCAGUGGACAGAAAGGAAAACAGUCAUUUUCCCAGUACGGAGAAAAUUUAUUCUAUUUGUGUGAAGGAAAAUGAAGUGCUGGGAAAUCCUUCAGAAGCUCUGGGAAUCCUACUCUGGCAUGAGGGUGUCCGUAAGCCCACUUGCAGCCCUCUCUGUCUUCUUUAACACUGGGUGCAGGAGUUAUAAUCUUUUACUAUCUCAAACUUAAUGCCAUAAAAGUAAUUGCUCACCCCUCUGCCUGCUGAAGGUUAAGCACUGGGUUUGGAGACACUAGGUGGCUACCAAAGGGCUUGAUAGACUCAGGAUAUGGUUGUGUGGCCAUACCUCUUUCUAGAUGGUCCUCUCCUACUAUGUAACCCCACAAGCCAAGGAAUGGUGUAGGGGGAAGGACAAGUGGCCUAUGUAGGGGAGGAGACAGCCACACAAGCCUGAGCUUAGGUGGGGAGACCUGUUUGCAACUGUGGUUCCCUUUGGCUGAGCCACAAAAUGGUAUUUAAGAGUAGCGGUGGAAACUGGCUUUAGAGCUACAAAAGAGGGAACCUGGAGAGUAGAUUAUGGCACAGGACUUGUGGUAAUCCUCACUGGAGAGAAAAUAGUAUUCACUCUGCACCAUCAUUUUGUGCUCUGAACCACCCUCCUUGGAAAUAAUGUGAAUUUCACUGGCAAUUGUAUGUAGCAAUCCAAAUCCCAAGUAAAAUCCAUAAGUUGUGUAGUUACUACUAUGUGUAGUCAAGCCACAGGUAGUGUAGCACUUGGUGGGACCUUGCUUGUGCUCAAAUCAUACUGUUACUGGUGUUUUAGUAGAUGCUUGUGAGCCUAUUUGAAUGAUGGGCUGACAAAAGGCACAAUUUCAAUGCCAGAAAAGAGCAUUUCAAAGAUGCACUGAGUACUUCUGCUGGCCUUCAGUAGCCAAGACGUCAGGGACUAUGGGAUAACAGCUGAUGUCCAACCACUAAUGUUAAAAGGUGUUAAAAGGUGGCUGAGUGUAGGCCAAGUGUCCUUUAAAACCAGUUUAUGUGUCUGAGUUGUAGCUUAAAUUUGUAAUGGAAAUGCUGAGAAGACCCCUAGUUUAACACUCAGUGCUGCUAGAACACAUCUACUUUUGAGUAGUUUCUUUUCUGCAGAGCUCUGGGAUUCAGGAGGUUGAAUUCGGCUAUCAGGUAAAUACAUAUAUUUUAGA